AUGGAGUCAAGAACCUAUUCAUCGUCGACGUCUUUGGGAGAUCAGUCUCAAUUGAUCUCAAAGGCUUUCGCACAUCAUCAAGGACGACGUUACUCCGUACAACAACGACACGCUCAGAGUCAUGAAGAGUUAUGCCAAAAAGUCGACCAAUUACGAGAACAGCCUUCGAAAUCCACUCAAGAUUUGGAGGCUCAACUCAAUCUUACUAAGGAAUUAAUUGAAGAUAAGAAGGAAAAGAAGAGGAGAGGAUCCAUCUUUGAUCAACAGGUCGAUUCAAAUUCGGAUCGAGUGGUUCUCGUCACUCCUCCUCCCUCUUCUCAAAAACCAAAUAGUGCUCAAUCGAAAUAUUCAUGUUCUGCUGAUGAAUUGAUUCAAAUGCGAAAACAAAAUAGACUUGGAAAGGUAUCGUUGACUACAAUGAAACAUUUAUCGUCAGUAGAUCACCGUAGAAGCAGUGGGUUGUUGGGAGUAAAUACACUGCAUCAUUUAAGGCCUUCAUCAAAUGGAGAUGAUGAGUAA